AUGCCCAUUCUAUUUAGUGCUGUGGCUUGUGAACGGACGAUACUAUCACACUUUGCAUCCUGCGAUGGAAACUUUAUGGAUAUAGCAGAGCUAGUGCUGGCCAAGUUGCCACAAUGCAACAACAAAAUGACUUAUUCACACGGAACUUACUUAUUGCACCACAUAAUCGAAAACAAUUACUUCUACUUCUGUAUAACAGAUAAGUUGUGUCAGCGAUCCAGAACAUUUCUGUUCCUGAACGAAAUACAAAGGAGGUUCAUGUCAAACAAGAAACAAACUAAGGAGCACUUCACUACAGUAUUAGCAGCGGAAAUGUAUCGGUAUAGCGAGGACUACAACACUAUUACUAUAAGAAAAGGGGAAUUGGACGAACUAAAUAAAAUUGGAGUUGGAUGUAGCGAAGAUUUACUUGGGGAAAGAAUAUUAUAUGUUAACAACCCAGAGAACAUUUCAUAUAGUACAAUUUCGUACGUGGGCAGUACUCCAGAGCGAAUUUCGGUAUCUAUAGUCAGUCCAAGGUUGUACAUUGUAUUUAUAGGCGUGGCUAUAUUGGUUAUAGCAAUGUCUGUGUAUAUGUUUGGAUUUAUUUCUUGUGGAAUAGUAACUGGUAUUGGAGUAUAUUGCCUUUUGUGCUCUUGUGUGGAAGCAGAAGAUAAACCCAGUUAG